AUGAUCAGUCGCACAGCCCUCCUUUGCCUCGCCUUCGUCGGCAUCUGCAUUUGCUGGAACCACAGCGUAGCCGCCACCUCGUUAGAACCCACAAGAAGCUCCGGUGUGUGCACGCUGAUACGAAAGCGUCUCAUGUCGGAGAUCUCGCGACUCAUGAGUGUCUACGAGACCUGCAUUGAGGGCGGCUCCGACACCCUCCUUCGACGCAAGCGAGCUCCAGAAAUGCUUUGGGACAUUGAAUGA